UCCAAGAUGGCGUUCGCCGAGCGGAGUACGCUGUCGGGCAGGAACGCGUGAGGGUAAAAGAAAAAAAAGAAGAGGAGGAAUAUGCCACAGGGUAUCGUCAACGCUUCGCGCGGGGUGCUCGCGUGAGGGAUCGGGGCGGCAGCAGUGCGCGCAUCCUCGGCGAUCCUCGGCGUUAACCUAAGUUGUGGCGGGGACUGCGGCGUGGCGAGGUGCGGUACAGCGCGACGCGAAACAACGAGGUUCCUUUUCUUCCGCCUCUCCCUGCCUCGCGCGCGGCCUGGCAUGGAAGCGCGACCCGGCUGGGCGACCGAGCUCGCUGGACGCCAGGGUACGGCGGCGCCGUGACGUCGCUCUCGGCUUCCGAGGCACCGAGCGAGACGAGGAUAUCUAGACGCGAGAGCCAGGACCGGCCAUGGCGUCUCUCGUGCGCGCGUGAUCGCCGAUCGAGCGGUGUGAUUGAGGAAGAAAGUGAGCGAGGAAGAGGAACGCCAGGAUCGUCGUCCACGAGGAGACGAGAAGCUACUUAUCACCGUCGUCGUCUUGUCGGUGGCUUAUCCUGGACCGUUGAUUAUCUAUAUCCGGUAUAAGGAACCGAAUGUUUAGAUUGCACGACUCACGUGAUGUGUCCCUGGACUGAGUCAGUUGUUCGAUGGACAGUGUGGUCAAGCAGUUUUUGAUAGGAAGCUACGAGAGGAUACUCUCUUGAGUCAAAAGUUGUAGGAGGAAAUAUAUUAAAUGACAUGUAAUGUGUUAAAUAGAAAGUGUUAAGCUUAAUAGAUAUUAGUAUCAUAUUUCAAGUGCGUGUGAGACAUUUCAUGAUAUGAUAUACAUCAAUAAGAUAUACAUUGUGAUUUAACGGACAGUGCACACCAUGUCUAAUAGUCUGGACAGCUUUCUGACACGCAUCGGGGACGUCACAAUUGAACGUGUGACUCCUCGCGGUGGCUCCAAGCCCAGUGAAACGAGUAUGAUGACGAAUGAGGCUGCGACCGGUACAAACAUGAAUGUGGAACCGCAGGCGACCAAUGACGAAAGUUCGGAUGAAUCGAGCGGCGAAACAACAGACGGAGAGCAGGAGAAAAAACUCGACGCUUUACAGUCCGAGGAAAUAGAAGAGAUACGCUCCGAGGGUUCGGGGGACGAUAUGGAUCUGGAUGAAACGAUCGACUCGCAGAUUGGUGUUAGAAUAGACUCAGACAGGCAGCAGCAUCAUCAAGAAGAGGAUGAUGAGGAACAAGUUAACAUCUUGGACACUUUGCCAUUGGAAGGAGCGCCCAUAGAAGGCCAAGAAGUGUCUGAGGCCGAUUUGCUAGGAAAGCCAAUAUCGAAGGAUUCAGACGAUGAAGAGAGUUUGGAUAACGAAAAAGGAGAUGGACAGAGUGCAGAGGAGGAAGGUGAUAGUAAUAAGAGACACGCUGAUUCCGAUCAUUCUGACAGCGCGAAGAAAAAAGCGAAGAAAGAGGACAGUAAUACAGAGGGUAGCACGUCGGAAUGUGAAUUAAAGUCGGAAAAGAAAUUAGCCAACAUGCGAAGAAACAUCCGAGAAGUGAUGGACGAGGCGCAACUUGACGAGGCUACGCUCUCCGCUCAGAGACAGGAAAUGGAGCGUCUCAGGCGAGUACAGGAGCAACAGAGGAUCAUCCGCGAGGUACAACGUCAAAUGGCGAUCAAUCGAGCGCAGAAUAACAAGGCGCAAACACGUGUUAUCAGCCUUUUACAUGCAAAGCAAAAUCAGGCUAGCACUACCAUGAUCUCACAGUCGUCUUCUCCGGCGUCGUCGACUACACCGUCUACCCAAGUUCGUUUGCCGAAUACCGUGCUUCUGAAAGUGAAUUCUGGCUCUGGUACCGGUGUUCAGACUACUCAGGCAACCGGAAUGCAAGCGGGACAGAUUCAGAGGAGAUCAGUGGACAGUGGAAUGCGUUGGCAAAAGGGCAGAGGUGGCUACCAAGGAGCACAAACGUCCAUCUCGCGGGUCCCGAAUCGCUCCGGUGCGCCCAAUAUGCUUCAGCAAAGGAUUCGUAUGAUGACACCAUCCGUGAGUAUAUCACCAGUGGUGCCUAAAAAAGAGCCGAUGGAUCAGAGUGCAGAGUAUUAUUCGGAUUCCGAGAUGUCUGAUUUGGAAGCUGAGGAGAUGAUACGUGAAAAGCAAGUACAUGCAAUGCGGAAGACGCCUGGCGUACCCAAAUAUCAGAGGCCGGCCAAGGGCAAAGAUGUAGUGACGAUAUCAAGUUCGAGUGAUAGUUCAGACGACGAUUGUAUAGUCCUAAGCGAUCCCAGUGGUGAAGAAGAGACCGAUAACGAGGACGAUCCAUCCAACUCCGGUAUGCACACCAACGAUCGGUACAACGUUCCGGACGAACACGGGCGCGUAUUAAUAAACGUUGGCCAUCCUGAAACCGAACCGGACGUGUUCCUUGCACCGCAAGUGGCUCGCAUCAUCAAACCGCAUCAGAUCGGUGGUAUACGCUUUCUCUUCGACAACAUUAUUGAGACUAUUGAGAGGUAUAAAACCAGUAGCGGUUUUGGCUGCAUCCUCGCUCACAGUAUGGGCUUGGGCAAGACCCUCCAGGUCGCUAGUUUUUGUGAUUUUUUUCGAUGCACUACUGCCAAGACUGUUCUCUGUAUCAUGCCCAUAAACACGCUCCAAAACUGGCUAGCAGAAUUUAACAUGUGGUUGCCGUAUGAAGAUCCUGCUAUUACUGCCGAGAAGGAAUCUAAGGCUGCAAAUGUCAAGGUAGAACCUGGAAUGGAUAUGAAGCACGAGAUGAAAGAAGAAAGUUGCGGUAAUCAGAGUGAUAUGUCCAAUAUGUCGCGGCCUAUCAGUACGGAAUCCGCACAUCGUUUUGGCCAGGACACCGCUGCUGCAUCGCAACAACCGAUGAAUGUCAUGCCGGAUAAUCCCUACAUGAAUUCUCAUCAUGGUUACGAGCCGCGUAAUAUGAUUUCGGGCGGUUACAUGCAAGAUCCUACUAUGAUGAAUAAGAAUAUGACUGAACCGCGCGCGUCGCAUAUGCCACCAAACUAUCAUCAAGGCGAGAUACCGCAAAAUCCGUUGUACAACGCGAAUCCGAAUCCGCUUUCUAAUUUCCCUGACACAAUGAAAUCCGAUCCAGUGAAUUGUCAUAGUAUGCCACCCGGGCAGAACAUGACGGGACCAAAAUUCGGCAUGGAGCAUCAAGCUAUUGGCGUUAUGUAUCCCGGUAUGGAGAAUCGAUCACAGGGUAAUUCUAUGUAUCCCGAUAUGGAGAAUCGAAACGUUCCGGCGAUGUACGCAGGCAUGGGUGAGCAUCAUUCUGCGCCGAUGUAUCCUAAUUACAACAAUCCUUCUAGCACUUUUGCGAGUUACGGCAGUCAGACUAAUCAACAUGAGCUGGAACCAAAGAGGGAGAACAUGCUGCCAGGAGGAAUGCUGCCAUCUCAGAACGUGAAUGUGAAAAAGGAACCGGAAGAGACGAUCAAGAAAGAAGAGAGUACGAUAACGAAAGAAGAGUUGACGGAGGAAAAGAAGGAGGCAAUUGAAAAGGUGAAGACACCGUACAGCGUGAACACGCCCAUUGGCUCGGAAGUACGUCCGAGGCACUUCCGCCUGCAUAUUUUGAAUGAUUCGCAUAAAACCAUGACGGCGAGAGCGAAGGUAAUCCAAGAAUGGCAAUCGACCGGCGGCGUUUUGCUGAUAGGCUACGAGUUGUACAGACAAUUAUCUUUGAAGAAGCCCAAUAAGGCGAAACGAAAGCGCGGUCAACCUUUCAAGGAUACUGUAGACGUAGAAGAGGAAGAUAAGAACAAAGGUCUGCUGGACGAAAUGCACGUAGCUCUUGUGAAUCCUGGACCAGAUUUGGUAAUCUGCGAUGAAGGUCAUCGCAUUAAGAACUCGCAUGCUAGUAUCAGUAUGGCAUUGAAGCAGAUGCGUACGAAACGCAGGAUCGUCCUGACCGGUUAUCCAUUGCAGAAUAAUCUUCUGGAAUAUUGGUGUAUGGUGGAUUUUGUGAGACCGAAUUAUCUGGGCACCAAGAGCGAAUUUUGCAACAUGUUCGAGAGACCGAUACAGAAUGGCCAAUGUAUCGAUUCCACGCCUCAAGAUAUACGCUUGAUGCGGUAUCGCGCGCACGUUUUGCAUGCUUUAUUGGAGGGUUUUGUGCAGAGGAGAUCUCAUUCCGUGUUGCAGAUGUCGUUACCGCGUAAGGAGGAAUACAUUCUUCUCAUCAGGAUGACGCCUCAUCAGCGUAAACUAUACGAUACGUUCAUGAAUCAGGUGGUGAAAACGCGCGCGGUGCCGAAUCCGUUGAAAGCUUUCGCCGUAUGUUGCAAGAUUUGGAAUCAUCCAGACAUUUUGUACCAUUUUCUUCGCAAGCGUCAAGCGAACGAAGAGGAUGAUUUGGAUCUAGAGGAGACAAUUGGAGAGAAGUCUACGCCGGGUGGCAAGAGAUCUAAAGCGCGUCAAUCAAAAGGCGAAUCGAAGAAAUCUAAGAAAGGUACGACGAUAAAGAACAAGCCCGCGGCUAGCGUACAACCGAACGCUUCCUCAUCAUCUAGCAACGAUAACGCGGAAGCUGAAAACGCACAUAAUACUCCGAAGCAAAAUAAUUAUACUAAUUUUCCGAUGCCGGUUUCCAACUCAGGAUAUUCCAACUCUAUACAGCAGGGAUCUUAUCCUCCUCACGGUUAUCAAAACUACCGUCCAAACGAUCAAAAUACAUACUAUAGGAAUGAUAAUAACAGUGAAUAUAAUCACGGAGAAUUUUAUAAUAAUCAAGGACAGAGAUAUGGCAAUCAACCAUUUCAAUCGUAUACUCAAACAUCUGGCUACAAUACAUCGCAAGGAUAUCCUAAUCAGUCGCAAAAUUACAUGCAGUCGAAUGAGCAGUCGACGAAUCAUCCUCAAAGAUACAGCAGUGCAGCGGCUGGAUCUGAUUUCAGAUCGGAUCAAAAUCAAGGAAAUAAUUACGAAGCACCGGGAAUGUUUUCACGGCAAAAUUAUCCCUAUCAGGAGCAGCAGCGUAAUUAUACGCCGAAUUUGAAUCAAGGGCCUAACAAUUAUUCCCAGGUUCCUAAUCAGCCUUCCUUUCAGACUCAGAUGCCGAAUCAGUCUGCGAAUAUGCCGAUGACAGAUUACUCGUCAUAUGCCACGAAUCAGAAUCAAAAUUACACGCCGACGCCGGCUCAGACGAAUCCGAUAUAUCCGCGAAACGACACGCAACCACUGCAGAAUUCGACGAUGGGUUAUCCUGUGUCACAACAAGGUCAAUCUUCGACUCAAAAUCAAACUCAAACCACUGGCUAUCUGCUACCGCCGCAACAGGGUCAGAACACAUCACCCGGCCAAAAUCGAGGUUUCUCGCCGAACCAGCAGAAUCAACAGAAUCUGAACUUGCAAACUCAAUCUCAUUCGUACACCGGCCAGCAACCUCAAGGUAUGCCUCUUCAAGGUCAGUCGCAUGCCUAUCCUACGCAGGUGAAUCCAACUCCGCCGCAGACUCCACAGCAUGGGUUCAAUCAAGCAUCAACGACUCCUAUGCCCCAGGCUUCUUCUCACGGUUACAUACAGCCGAAUCAGCCGAGUCAGGGAUCUGUGCCGCAGGGUCCAAUGCGCGGCUAUACUCCGGCACCACAGAAUCAGAUGAACGUGGCGCAAAACCAGUCCAAUUAUCCGGCCAAUCAACCUGCGCAAAACGUCAACGCACAGAAUCAAACGCAUAGGUAUCCUCCGGAUCAGCAGGGUUCGACGUCGAAUUCGCAGAACGAGGUUCACACAGGAUAUGGACAUCAUAUGGUGUCCCAAGCCACAGCUUCCAAUCAGACAACGCCGUAUCCUCCACAGAAUCAGCAGAAUCCAGCGGCUCCGCAGUCUAAUCAGACUCACUCUGGUUAUUCGUCAAACCAUCCUGGUACGAUGCCGCAGACUCCCGUUGCUCAUCGAUACGGUACCGCACAACAGACGCAGGUGGCUCAGAAUCAGACUAUGACCCAGUAUUCACCGAAUCAACCACAACAAUCCAAUCCGUCACUAGGUCCCAGCGAUCAACUCUACUCCAGAUCAGAUGUGACUGCGGUGUCGCAGCAAACGCAAGGUUACGCUCCAACCGCGAACGAAUUUUCGAACGAUCGUUCAGCUGGAGGUGCUGCUAACAAUUCCGGGAACAAUUACACCGUCAAUCAAUCGCAAACGCAGAAUCCCGUUAUGCCGAGUUAUUCGUCGGAUGGCUCGAAUCCAACGACGUCGGUCGGACAGAUGAAGAACGCGGACGAUCCCUACUGUAAUUAUCCGCAACGCAAUUAUCCGCAAGCGUUUCGGUCGGAUCAGCAGUGCAAUGACUCGUAUUACAGAGAUCAGAUGAAUCCGGGUGUGAAUCGUUAUCAGAACAAUUACUUUCCGCCGCAAAAUUAUCCGAAUCAAUCGUACGAUUAUGCUAAUCAUAAUUCGGACAUGAAUUCACGGUCCGACGAGUCUGCGAAAACUGCUUCUCAGAAGUCCGGUACUCAUUCUUCACCAUGCAACAAAAACAGUAAAGACAUGACAUCCAGUAUCGGCGUGCAAAGUCAACCGAUGCAUCCGAGUAAUUUCAGCGGCACGCCGAAUUAUAUGACGGAAUCAAAUCGCCAGAGUUCGGCGACUCCUGCGCCCAGACAACCGGGACAGGGGAUUAAUUCAGCGAACAGUCCUCGAUUGAAUCAGAAUGAAUUAUUGAAGGAGGAUGAGAGAGAAAAAGAAGAUCAACUGGAAAAGGAUAAGGAGGAUAAAUCUGAUGACGAGAUUCUUACGAAAGACGAGGAGAAAGAUUGUAAGAGUUCUCCUAUGGGAAAGGAAGACCCUGGAAUUCCAUAUGACUGGGCGACAGAGUUGAUGAAGAACUACAUACCUGGGUUGAUAGACGCGUCUGGAAAAAUGACUAUCUUCUUUUGCAUCCUCGAGGAAGCUAUCAAACUGGGAGAUCGUGUGCUCGCAUUCUCGCAGUCGUUGUUUACAUUGAAUCUCAUAGAGGACUUUUUAGCGCGAAAUAGCUUAAAGUAUCCAGAUGGACAGACUGAUGCUUGGAUCAAGAAUGUGAAUUAUUAUAGAUUAGAUGGAAGCACCAGCGCUUUAGAGCGCGAGAAACUGAUCAACGAAUUCAACAAUAAUCCAAAGAUUCAUUUAUUUCUAGUUUCGACACGGGCAGGUUCACUGGGUAUUAAUCUCGUCGGCGCAAAUCGCGCGAUCGUAUUCGAUGCUUCUUGGAACCCGUGUCACGACACACAAGCUGUGUGUAGAGUCUACAGGUACGGCCAGCAGAAGCCGUGCUUUGUUUAUCGAUUAGUUACCGAUAAUUGUCUGGAAAGAAAGAUCUACGACCGACAGAUUAGUAAACAAGGUAUGGCGGAUCGGGUGGUCGAUCAGUGCAAUCCUGACGCGCAUCUUUCGCUGAAAGAGGCGACGACAUUGUCAUGGGAUUGGGAAGAGGACAGCCAAGUACAAGAUUUCUCGCAGACCAAGGACAGUUACACGGACCAAGUUAUGCAUUGUGUAUUAGAACGCCAUUCCUCAUUGUUAACGAAGCAACCAUUUCAUCACGAGAGUUUGCUCGUCGAUCGGAAAGAUAAGAAACUUAGUCAGGCUGAGAAGCGAUUAGCUCGUCGCGGUUAUGAGCUUGAGAAGAUGGCAGCUAAUUCAAGGCCGAGUUAUAAUUAUGUUCCAGGAAAUACAGCUACGCGAGCAGGUGGUUUACAAAUUAGGGCGAUUCGCGGCGGUGAUGGAGGAGGACCUACGCCAAAACCUGUUGCUUCCGUCAGACCAAUGCAACAACGAGGAGCUGAAGGAUUAGGUCCGCGAAAUGUAACUGGUAGUAGAUGGAUUCCGGCAGAGGUGUGGCAAAGGCAAGGGAUGAGCGCGCAAGAGAUGACGCUACCUUUGGAUGUGGUCAUUCCGACCAAUUCUCCGGAUAAAGGAAGCAUCGUUUUGAAAGCAGGACAACGGGUUAUGGUUUUAAAGAGUCCAAAGGGCAUUUAUAUGCAACUCGAAUCCGGCAAAAUUAUAGCGAUUCGUACUGCGCUUAAAUUGAAUCAGCAAAAACGGGAUGAAGAGCCGAAGAAAGGUGUUUCCUCGAUGAUACAGAGGAAUUCUAAAUCUGAAGUUGGCUUUCCCUUACGAAAUAAUUCUGCUAUUUCCAUAAUACCCAAAUCCUCUUCGAGUAAUCAGGCUAGUCGACUUCCCACUAAACCAUCACCGGGUCCAGGUUAUAAGCCAUUUGGCGAUAAAGAAACUUCUAAGAGACCGAAACCAGUCGCUACAGCGGCUGCCAAACCGUAUUUGAGUCAAGUAAAUCUGACUAACCAGGUCUCUUUGUCGAGGUUACCGAAAGUGAAACAAGAACCGGUGGAUCAUUCCACACUCGGAGAUAAUUCUAAUUCGUCCGAUGGUCAACUGAGAACCGAACAACGAGUCGAGGAAGUUAGAUUGGAGGAUGUAGUAGCCGAAGUGAGCUCAAACACCGAGUACAGUCCAUCUAAUCAUACUCGUAAUACCAAUUCGGAUACGGACACGUCUUUACCGAAAUCUUCCGAAGAAGGCACUCAGGUUUACACACCCGACACCGUCUCAUUAGCGCAAAGCGUGCAAACGCAACAUGAUCAGCCCGAACCGGAACUACCAUUGACCGUCGACAAACAAUGUUCCCCACCGGAGAAGGAAGCUUCCAAGUCAGAUACAUUAACAAAUUAUAGUCGGCCUUUUCAUAGCCAGACAGAGAAACGAGAUGCUACUAACGAUGAUAUCAUCAUUGAAGAAUCGUCGCAAGUAACGCCGCAGGUAGCGACACAAACCCAUGUGACCACUUCUGGAUCGAUACCACCAUCUUUGUUAGCACCGUUACCAGUAUCAUCAGCUGUAUCAGCACCAUCAACAAUGCCAGUAUUGCCGAAUAUCCCAGUAACAUCAAGCAUGCCAUCGAUACCAUCAAGUAUACCGUCAAGUAUACCGUCAAGUAUACCGUCGAACAUGUCGUCGAACAUGUCGAGCAUGUCGUCGAGCCUGCCGUCGAGUAUGCCGUCGAAUAUGUCAACAAAUUUGCCGUCGAGUAUGCCGUCGAGCAUGCCAUCUAGCAUAUCAUCGAGCAUGCCGUCGAGUAUGCCGAUACCAUCGAGCAUGCCGAUACCAUCGACCAUGCCGAUGCCGUCGAUGCCGGUACUAUCUGUACCUGUAAGAGGUCCAGAAACGCAUAAAAACAGCGCUGAUUCAUCCGUCGUCACGCCAUCGACUGUCUCAGUGUGCACGAGUACUAACAUUACCUCUCCAAAGAGCGUCGAACCGACUCCGAGUAUGCGAGAUAAUGUGAUACAGGGAGAUCCAACAACGCCGAAUGUACCCCAAGGGUAUCCUUACGCGCAGUAUCCGAGAUACUACGACUACAGCGAUCCACGAUCCCGCUCGCUAUCCAAUCCUUACGGCACUUACUUUCCCAGCGUUCCACCGCACACGGCCAAUCCUCCCAGCAGCAGACUGCCAAUAGACACGACGAAACCUCAGCCGGAUUUAGGAAAGCCUACGGAUGAAAGAAACGUGAUGAACGUGCCUACCGCUUACUCUUCACAAGUACCGAGCAUUACUGCCAAAACGUUAACGAGCAACUCCGCGACGGAGUCUAAGGGUACGGACACUGCAGCUGUGACUACGACGGUGGCCUCCUCGACUAGAGACGAGACUGCGCAUAUACCUACCGCAUUUAGCCAUCCCACUAGCACGCGAUACCCGGGGCCGUAUCCACCAGGCCCGUAUGAUCCAUACUCGCAGCAUUAUCCACCGGCGCCUGGCUCAUCCGCAGCGUAUCCUCCAGGUGGAGCACCCGGUUAUCCAACAUACGGUGGACCAAGUUACAACACGGAUUAUGCUCGUAUGUACUCGGCGUUUCAUGGUCCGCCACCUCCAACGGAUCCUUACAUGCACAGAGGAUACGCUCCUCCCUCUUCGCAUCCACCUAAUUAUUACUCGCCGUUUCCGCAUCCUCCGCCGCCCUAUCCCAACUACUCUUUUCUGCCGUAUCCGAACCCCAAUAUGUCGAGCGAGCCUCAACCACCCGCUCAGUAAGGAAGCAACGCGUUUAAGAGUAAUCCUAGGUUAAAGAUAAUGAAGAACGAAAAAGUUAUCGCAAAGCCCGCGGCUCCGAAGCUUAAUAGACUGAAGCUGUAAAACGCAUCGAUGUAAAUAUUUAGUCACAAAUAUUGAGAUAUUAAGAAGAGAUGUUUGAAUUGUCGAGAUUACUCGAGUACUUUGCGAUAUAUAAUUGAUAUAUAUAUAAGGUGAUUAAGGAGGGCGAGCGUAAAUAGCCCUAAUUAACAUUGAACCGUGCAAUCUGUUGAACUGUUCAUAAUAUUUUAACUUGGCUGUCGAUGGCCGUUUUUGCGAUGCGUUCUUUGUUCACUAGUUAACUUCACUGAGAAAAAAAUGUACAUCUAGCGGUAUAAAUUCCUUCUUUAUUUAAUUCUCCAAUCUCAUAAGAGCGAUGUCAAGUAAGAUUUUUUACGAAUGCUUAGAUUAUGCGACUUAGAUUGCAAUAUGUUUCACGCUAUAAUCGCGAUUAAUUGCGUUUCUCGCAACUUUUUCUACUUUUUGUACUUGCAUGAUGUCAUUUGCCGAAUUAGCCUUUCGUCAAUAGCUUCUUAACAUUGGAAUUGAUUAGUUUAUUGAUGACAUAUAACUUUGGGAAGAUUGAAGGAGUAAAGCGUAUGUGAAGAAAAGUAUUGCAUACUAUCAUUCAGCUUCACAAUGUUAUGAAUGUAAUGUUACAUUCAGCCAUUUAACUCAUUUUUAUAUAAUUCUUAUAAUUAAGAGGGGGAGAGAGUCAUUUCCAAUGGAACAAAAUUCUCGUGAUUGAUUGAUGACAUGUGUCUAUUUACAUAAAACUGAACUUUAUGAGUUAGAAAUGCCAAGUGGUUAAGCAAAGAUUUGAGAUUAAAUUUUUUUUUUUUUUUUUUUUUUAAAGACUCGAUUAUCGAUUGAUAUUAAUCAACAAUGAUGUUUUACAUUAAGAGUAAUACAUUAAGGAAUUAAUUUUAGUUUUUGUAAAUUUGUAAAUUUAGUUUUUUUUUCAGGUGAUUUUUAGCUUGUUACCUGAGACUCUUAAUUUUAAGAGUGAGAUACAAAAAAAUACACUUCCAUGACAAAUUCUUGAUGAUUUUGAAAUUAAUCGACUGAUCCCCCUCAAAUGGUACGGCAAGAGUAAUGGAUUUGCAAGCUAUAUGAAUCAUUUAAAAUUAUAUUAUAAAAUGCAAGUUGUUUGUUGAAAUAUUCAUAUGUAUGGAAUGUAUUGGAAUGUAUUUGUCCAACGAAAUGCUUUUUUCUAUUCUGCCACAUGAUGUACUUUAUAUAUUAUAGCGAUAUAUUUGACUGUUGCAAUUCUUAGUGAAUCAGUCAUUUUACUCUCAAAUGAUGUAGCUAAAAAUUUUAUUUGUAUAUAACAUGUAUAUACAUGUUUAAUUUAGAACCUAUUUGAACCAUAAUUGUAAUUACAAAACAUUUUUUUGAUGUUUGCGAUAUUUUUUUUAUUUUUAAAU